UAAUUAAUCCCAUGUUGCUCUAAGCUUUUUCUGUUUAUUCUGUUCAAAAAAUGGAACCAGGAAUUCAGUGGCUUUUUCUUCUGAUUGUUUUUGUCCAACUUUACAUCGUAGCCGCGGUCACUAAUAGUAGUGAUGCUGCUGUUCUAAAUGCUCUCAAGACUGAGUACAAGAACUUCCCCCCCAAUUGGUUGGGCUCAGAUCCUUGUGGUGAUGGCUGGGUAGGAAUUGGGUGCACGAAUUCACGAGUCACCUCCAUAACAUUGGCAAACAUGGGCUUGGAAGGGCAAGUGUUUAGUGACAUCCCAUCCUUAACUGAAUUACAGACUUUGGAUCUAUCUUACAACAAGCGCCUGACAGGAUCUCUUCCAGAAAAAAUUGGGAAUUUAACGAAGCUAACAAUUUUAAACCUUAUUGGCUGUGGUUUCACUGGUGCAAUUCCUGACACGAUAGGAAAUCUACAACAGCUGACCAUGUUAUCUCUGAAUUCCAAUCGCUUCAGGGGACGAAUUCCACCAUCUAUUGGUAAUCUAUUGAAACUAUAUUGGUUGGAUCUGGCUGACAACCAGCUAGAAGGACCAAUUCCUGUGUCAGAUGGAACUAUACCUGGCCUUGACAAGUUGGUCCGUACCAAUCAUUUUCAUUUGGGACAGAAUAAACUUUCAGGUGAAAUCCCGGAGCAAAUUUUCAGCUCAAACAUGGCGCUGGUACAUGUGUUAUUUGACAGCAACAACCUCAGUGGUCCUAUCCCUUCAACCCUUGGGCUUGUGAAAUCUUUGCAAGUGAUACGUUUUGAUAACAAUUCCUUAAGUGGGAGUGUUCCAUCAAACCUCAACAAUCUCACAAGUCUUCAAGAAUUGUAUUUGUCUAACAAUAACCUGAAUGGCCCUUUACCCAACCUUACUGGCAUGAGUGAUCUCAACAACUUGGACUUGAGUAAUAAUAGCUUCAAUACCUCUGUGAUUCCUAGAUGGGUUUUAUCUUUGUCAUCCUUAACAACACUGUAUGUCCAUCUCUCUUUUAACAUUGUAUGAACUAUUUUAAAUGCAGAACCCAAUUACUCUCUUUUAAUCUUUUACCAUCACACUUCAUUGAGGGCCAUAUGUUUUGUUAAACUAUUAGCAAGAAUAUCUUUCCAUCCCCAAUGAUAUUGUUAGCAGCAAUCUGAUGUUUAAAACUUAAUCAGGCUCAUAAAUGUUACAAUAAAUCCAUCCCUGAAUG